CCAUAUAAAAGAUAAGCAUAUACUCUCAGCUCUCAAAAUUCAACCUUUUCGAAUUAGGUUCGCAAUUUCUGGAACCCUAAUUUUCCACCGCUUUCUGGUUUUUUUCUGAGAUUUCGUCGAGAUGGGGGACAAGGACCAGGAUUACCGUAUAUUUGUAGGAGGUUUAUCAUGGGAUGUCACUGAGCGGCAGCUCGAAAGCGCUUUUAGCCGUUUUGGGAAGAUUGUCAGCUGCCAGGUUGUGCUUGAAAGAGAUACAGGCCGUCCUCGGGGAUUCGGCUUCUUGACCUUUGCAGACCGCAGGGCAAUGGAGGAUGCGAUUCGCGAUAUGCAUGGUAGAGAACUUGGAGAUAGAGCCAUCUCUGUUAAUAAGGCCCAGCCAAAGGGAGGCGAAGAUCAAGGGCCUCGCUAUGGAAAUUAUUCUGGAGGUGGAAGGGGGGGUUAUGGUGGAAGAGACCGGCCAGCAGCAGGGCAGGAUGACUGCUUCAAAUGUGGCCGGCCUGGACAUUGGGCCCGAGACUGUCCAUCAGUUGGAGGCGGAGGUGGAGGUGGAGGUGGACGAGGAGGUGGUCGCCCAUUCUCUCCUCCGCGUACUAGGUAUCCUGGGGCUGCUCCCCGUGGAGAUCGUUAUGCAGAUGUUCGCGAUAGGUACGUGGAUGACAAAUACGAUAGAGGUCGUUAUGAUGACAGAGAUCGUUACGAAAUCAAAGAUGAUCGUUACGGGAGUCGCGAUCGUUAUGCUGCCGACAGGUACCCCCCACCCGUCGACCGAUUCCCCCCUGUCGACCGCUUCCCUGUUGCUGACCGUUACCCUGUGAACGGGUACGGGAAAGAUCGAGCUUAUGAUAGAGAUGCCGGACCAAGAGGCAGUGGCGACAGAUACGGAGGUGGAGUAGCACCUGCACGAUACGAUGGAAGAAGCAACUACCGCGAGAGGCCGGGUCCGUAUGACCGGCCCCGUAAGGGUGGGCGCCCGCCUUCCCUGGACCGGUACUGAGCUGCGUGGUAUCUUCUGCCUAACAAGACUUGUAUCUGGAAGGCAUAGCACACUGUUUUAUGAACUAGUACUUUGACUUUACUUUUAUGUAGUGCUGUGACCUUAUGUGUUCGAAUUUGGAGGAUGGUUUAUGUUAAGUUGCUUUAUGCUUGUUUU